AUGGUUUCAAUUAAAUCUUUAUCUGUCUUAGCCUUUUCAGCCGUUACCUUAGGUGCCACCACCACUAGUACUUACGGAGAUUAUGCUACUUAUCCAGCUGUUCCAAAGACUGCUUCAAUUAAUGGUUUUGCUGAUCCGAUAUAUACUAAAUUACCCGAUUGUGCCCAAGCUUGUGUUCAAGAAGAUACUGGUAUUACUCCAUGUCCAUACUGGGAUACUGGAUGUUUAUGUGUCAUGCAAAACUGGGGUGGUAAAGUCGCUGAUUGUGUUGCCAGUGCUUGUAGAGGUGAUAAUGUCAAGAGUGUUACUUCAUUAGCUACAUCUCUUUGUUCUUCAGUUGGUGCUCCAUCACCAUAUUGGUUUAUUCCAGCUACUGCUUCUGAAGCUUUAGUUGUGGCUGUUACUGCCGCUUAA